UCCGCUUUCCUUUUUUCCAGAUACGGCAUCGACCUAAACGGCGCGCGUCGGAAAAACGCGACGCGGGAAACAACGUCAACCCUUAAGGCGUGGCUGAACGAGCACAAGAAGAACCCCUACCCGACCAAGGGCGAGAAGAUCAUGUUGGCCAUCAUCACCAAGAUGACCCUCACCCAGGUCUCCACCUGGUUCGCCAACGCCCGCAGGAGGCUCAAGAAGGAGAACAAGAUGACCUGGGAGCCAAGGAAUAGAGUGGAAGACGAGGAUAACAACAACGAUGAUAAUAGCGGGAGGAAGAGCGCGGAUCCUAAGGAUAAUUUAGACUCGAAAGACAGCGGCACGGGCAGCAGUGAAGACGGCGACCGCCCCUCGUCACGGCGCGGCCUCGACCUCGGGGGCGGCGGAGGUGGCCCAGGGGGCGGAGGCAGCGAAUGGAGCAGUGGAUCCCGACCCGAGUCACCCGAAUGCCUCCAGCACUUCCUGCACCACCACCCCGCCUACCCGGUCCCCACCGCCCCCGGGGGCAGCAGUGGCAUCGUCAAGCCCCGCAUCUGGUCGCUGGCCGAUAUGGCAGCCAGUAAAGACACCGACAGGAGUCAAGUAGUGGCCGCCAAUAGACUGGUGUCACCUCUCCUACAUCCCGGAUACUACAGAGGGUUCUACCAUCCGUUGCCGCCUGGCCAGGAGCAGAUAUUGUUUCCAGGCGCACCAACCUCAGUAGCCGCAGUGGUAGCAGCCGCAGCUGCAGCCGGCGUCCAAUCACAACACAGCGUCGCGACGCCACUCGGUCUCAACGUAGCAACGGGAGCGUCGUCAUCUUCAUCAUCCUCGUCAACGGAACGCGAAACAGCAAAGACCGCUUCAACCGCCGCGUCGGAGCAUCGCGCCUGACAGCUGGUCACUGUGCCGCGAUAAACGUUAGUCGAUAAUCGAAGUCGAUAGUUCGAUGGUCGAUGGACAAUACACGGGCAAUCGAUAUUCGGAAGUUGAUAGUUCGAUAGUCGAAGGACAAUUAACGGGCAAUCGAUAGUCAGGAGUCGACAAUUGAUAGUUAAGGGACAAUUAACGGUCCAUAAAUAGUGGGAAGUUGAAAGUUCGAUAGCCGAUGGACAAUUAACGGGCAAUCGAUAGUCAAAAUUCGAUAAUCGAUAGUCGAUAGACAGUUAACGGACAAUCGAUAAGUUGUGUGAUUGAUACUAGGUGCAAAGUUAUGAGUGUUUGUGUGAACAUCAUUGAACGAAGAUGAUUCAAGAACUAGUCGCUGUGUCGUGGUGAACUGUGAUCGAUAGUCAGACGAUCGAUAGUCGGACAUUUUAGAGAGUCGAUAUGAUCGAUACACAAUCAACGUGCAAUCAUUGUUAGGAAGUCGAUUGACAAUGAUCGAGUGACUGGUGUGAAAACUUUCAUUGACAUGAAACUAGUGAGAAAAUUUUCAUUGACUAGUGAAGAUUAUUCAAGAAUAAUAGACCCUGUGUCGCGGAGAACUAUUCAGAACUCGAUAGUUGAAAGUUGAUAGUCGACGGAGAAUGAAUCGAUAGUUGGUGUGAUCGGUACAUUGUGGACUGUUUUUGAGUGUUUGCAAAUCCAGUGUGGGAUCUCCUUUUAACGCGAAGUGAAAUAGAAACUGAUUUGGACCAGUAUUUUCUAAAGUAGUAAUCGGUUUAUCUUUUAUCUACAGUCAAAGUCGAUAAAUUGUUACUCAAUGCAGGAUAAAUUGAUGGUAAAAAUCGGUUGAACUAUUCUUGAUGGACAGUCUAUGAUGGAUUGAGUCUAGUAUGAAAUUGGUUUCCGACGAUUGGAGGAUGAUCAAAAACUGUUAGUUGAUGAAUUAUGAAUGCUGUACAUUCAUCAAUUUAUUAGUCAGAUAUUGAUAUUCGAUUAAGGCUUACAGCCUUCAAGUGUUAGUGAAUCUGGUAUGAUACUGCAUUGACAUUGAGAUAUCAAAAAACAAUGAGGGUAUUGUUGGGUCUAUCGUAUCAUGUUGAGGAUUUCUUGUGAACUUCAUCGAUAUUUGAUUGGUGCGGUCUAUUAAUUGGUAGGCUCACUUGAAAAUCUGUUCUCAAAUCUCGACAAUAUGAACUAACUGUAGUACUCAAUCUCUUGAAAUUCCAAAUCAGAAAAAGUAAAAUUGUGCUUGGAAAACGACGAGUAUCGGGUAUCUUCAGGAGUCGACAGUUGAGUGAUCGAUACUUGUGAGUCGAUAAGUAGGCCUAUAGAGACCUAAUGUGGAAAAUAGAGAAUUAUCAGUUCUCACCUUAUCUACAGAUAAUCCACUCACAAUAGGCCCUAUCAAUAUUUGUGGACUCGGGAACUGACAUUACAUUAAGUGAUAUUUGAAAGCGAUUUUGAACUGUUAUUCAUGUGUAACUUGAAUUAAAUUAUAGACACUUGUAAUUAUUUGAGAACAGAAAUGUUCUGCAAUUUAUUGCGAACAAUCAAAAACAAACAAGUAAAAUCACCGAUAGGCUAUAGAUACGGUAAAUGGUGCAAUACGGGUUCUUAAAAUCAGAAUUUGACGAGAAUAUGUAAAUUCAAUGAUUAGUGAAACCACAAAAACAUAAAAAACUUCUAGCAGGGGAUUUUAAUAACAGAAAUUUCUGAGAAUAUUCAACAAAAUUGGUGUAAAUGAUGUUGAGAAUAUGACCAAUUUUAUGAGAUCGUAAAAUUGAUGAUUCAGGUGGAAAAAUAUUACAGAUUUAUCAGGAAAUGAAUUCUUCUUGUAUUUUACUCAUAGUACAGACUCCUCAGGUUUUGAUAAAUCCAAGUAUUAUCUUUGUAAUAAAUCUUUCAAAUCAUGAAACAUAAGAUGUCAUAGAGAACAUUGUUCGAAAAAAAAAUUCACUCUCAAUAUUACAGUUUUUAACAUUCAGGCUAUGAAUCAUUUUUAUAAUGAAGGAUACAAAGACAAACUCUUUGAGAUAUAUAGGCUACCAUUCUACGCAAACGUGACGUCGUAAAUCGAAAAAUAUAGGACAUAAACUUGUACCAAAUUUUUAGAGAAUAAGAAAAUUAACACUUUUUUGAAUGUUAUAUCUGUCUGUAUAUUGCACAAAUUUGGAAAUAUUUGAGAUCUUGAAAGUUUCUAGAUAUGUGCUUUUUUGUUCAUUUGAAAUUGAAAACUAUGAACUCAUGAGUCCCGUAUCAAUUCAAUUUAAAUAGAAUAUGAUUGUUUUUUGAAGAAUUACCGGUAUAUUAGGAGUAGCACAGAAGUAAUUGCAUUAAUCAAAAUGUGGGAAUGGAGAGAAUAUUGAGAAUUCUCUAUCAUUUUUAAAAGAAAAACAUUGAUGAAUAACUUCAAGCUUCACUGAUUUUCAAACUUUACUGGUUCAAGCUUUAAUUUGAUUCAGGCUUCACUUCCAAUCAAGCUUCAAUUUGAUUCAUGGUUUACAUAAAACUAUGACUAACUUCAAGCGCAUAGUUUUAAUUCAAGCUUGAAUUUGAUUCAUGCUUCACAUAAAACUAUGACAAACUUCAAGCGCAUAGUAUUGAUUAAGCUUUACUUUGAUUCAAACUUUACUUUUAUUCAAGAUUUAAUUCUUGAUUCAUGCUUUACCUAAAACUAUGACUAGCUUCAAGCUCAUAGUUUCAAUUUAGGCUUACUUUGAUUCAAGCUUUACUUUUAUCCAAGCUACAAUUUUGAUUCAUGCUUUACUUAAAACUAUGACUAAAUUCAAGCUCAUAGUUUAAAUUCAAGCUUUACUUUGAUUCAAGCUUUACUUUCAUUCAAGCUUUAAUUUGAUUCAUGCCUUACAUAAAACUAAUUCAAGCUUUACAACGAUAAAUCUGGAAUCAACCAUUCUCUAUCGACAAUUAAGUUCACACUAAACUUCACCCAAAUAACCUCAUUAACACUCUCUCAUAUCAAUAACUCCGAUCAAUACAGACAGGUCUCUAUUCCGAAAGUGGGAGGACAAUAAUAUUUGAUAAAUAAAAGUUAACUGUAUUUAUAAUGAAUGUGAUGAUUUAUUUGUUGAUUCUAAUUCAUUUCUUUGUGAUAAAAGAGUUUUAAAAACUUCACUAGUUUCCUAGACUAAGUAAAUUGUAUAUUCAUAUUGUCAGCAAGAUAUAGAACCACAAGAUGUAUAGAAUGUAUGUAUGUAAAACUGGAUUAAUGGUUAAAACGUUGUUUCCUUCAUGUAUAGUAGACCAAUGAACUUAUAUUUUAUUUCUAUGUGAUAUAAAAGAACUUUACUUCGAAUUUGGACUGUGUUAUAAUCACCUCAUGUAGUAUUCUCAAUUUUGUAAAACACUUUUCAAUAAUAAGACUUGUUGUAAAUUAUUAUUCCAAAUUUCAAGUAUGCACGUUGAUAUAAAUUGUAUUUGUAUUCCCAUUAAAUAAAUUGUUUAAUAUUCUAUGUAUUAUUAUAUUUGUCAUGUAAUUAGAGUAUUGUUAAUUACGCACCCUCACCAUGAAUUUCUGUGAUCUCACAUGAUUGGCUUUCUUGGAUAAAUUUCUAAAAAUAUUCUGGUUUUUUCAUAAAUUGCAUAUUAUCUUUUGAUACAAAAUUAUAUUACAAUAACAGGCACGUAAACCACUGUUUUAUCCAAUUUUCAAACUACAGUUCAAAUAUUUGUCUCUGUAUUCCAAAGAAAAUCUUCAUUACAAUUAAAAAUAUUGUAUUAAUCCUUAAAAAUCACAGGGAGAUAGUAAAGUUUUGUUUUUGAAAACAGACGAGUUAUGUACAAACACUUGUUAUUCAUGUUAUUUACAAGAGAAGUCUUCAUGUUUUGGAAACGUGUGUAUUCAAUAAUGUAUUUGUAAAAUGUUGAAUAGUAUUCGAGUAAUAAAUCAGUAUGAAUUAAAUUAUUAUGAACGCAGUCCUUGUGUAUUAUAGUUAGAUUGUACUUGGCUUGUAAAAUUGAUGAACCUUUAAAGAGACUCCAUGUAUGACUAUCCUGUAGAAUAAAUAGGAUUUAUGAAAACAAAAUAAAUAAAUUUUGUUACAAAA